UCUUGACACCUAUCCUACUCAAAAGCUUCUUGGGUUCAGUAAAAUUUUGGCUUUUCCCAAUGAAAAUUGACCUUUAGCUUGUCAUUUCAUACUAUAGUAACCCUUAUUUUAGGUUUUGGGGUUCUUUAAAUUAUCACAUGGAGGGAAGAAGUGGCUCCCUAUUUUAAGGGCCAACUUUUCUAUAGAACUUCCAAUUGUGGGUGGACAAGUUGUGAGGUGGUAUGGGGAGGCUCAGUUUUGGGAGGGUUUUAGACUCCCUCUGUCUUUCUAAUGGCUCAAGCUCUUGUUUCUGCACAAAUUCCUUGGAAAACCAAGAUGUGUACUUUGAGACAAAGCCACUGGUUGCAAGUGAAGGGAAGCAUUUGGUGAGAUUGAAGGAUGUUCUAGCAGGACCCCAGACCCUGGCUUUCCAACUAAAGCCCAAGAUGGUGGUGCUAAGGGUGUCCAUGCACUGCAAUGGUUGUGCAAGAAAAGUUGAGAAACACAUCUCCAAGAUAGAAGGAGUGACCUCGUACCAAGUAGAUCUGGAAACCAAGAAGGUCGUUGUCACGGGCGACAUUGAUCCUUUUGAAGUGUUGGAGAGUGUUUCCAAAGUCAAGAAUGCCGAGCUCUGGACAGAAGAUGAUGAAGCUAGACAACCAUCCCAUUCUACUGUGUCCCCAUGAUCUCCCCACAAGGAAAAUUAAAAACCCAUUUGUACGUAGUAACCUAAACAAAAUUAUUACACUUUCAUACUUUAUUUCUAGCUCAUCCUCAAAGGAGAAUUUCGAUAUUGAGAUCCCUUUGUGUAAGCUUGAUUAGGUAGCCAUUCGUACAGGGACAAGGGGGUGUCCCAAGGCACAUCACCCUCAGAUUCGGCCCAUUCCGGCAUUGUCUCGAGCUCAAAAACUUAAUCUGAAUCGUUAACGGUUGGAUGUCUUCA